CGAGCUCUCUACUUAUAAAUUUAUAAUUAUUGUAAGGAGGAGCGCAUGGUAAAUAAUGAAGCUCUCUGUGUUCUUUGUUAUGUUGAUUGGGCUAUUAUGUGAAGAAGUCUGCUGUUUUCCUGACAGUCGAAUCCAGGAAAGGUUAAAUUACAUAGAACAUAUUGUUGAGGACCUGAGAAGAGAUCUUAAAACUGAAGCCGACUACAGACGAGAGGAUAUCGCAACUUUGUAUGCCAAAUUGACUGGAUCUUCUGGACUCAAUGCGAAAUGUCUCGAUGGACAUCCUCCGGGCAAUAGAAAUAGUCGAAUGCAUUUUUCUGAUGAUAUAUCAACAACAAACGACCAACUCAAUAAGUCUAUGUCACUGUUCAGAGUAGAAGCGGUUAAAGUAAAAGAACAAUUACUGCUAGAAAUAAAACACAUGGAGGACAUUUAUAAUCAAAAGAUAUUGUCACAAUCGGAGGAAAAAGCUCCUGAUUUCAGGAAAUCAAGUAUGAAAGUGAAGUCUUUGAUACAGAGUAUGAACACAUCUUUGGACAAUUUCACAUCUCAUGUAAUGAAUUAUACAAGUGCGUUUCAGAAUUUUGUCAACGCAUUUGCUGAGACUCACGAAUAUAAAGACAAAAUAAGGACGAAGCGACCUACAUCUUGUAAAGAUGUAAAUGAAAGCGGGAUUCAUACAAUAUACCCCGACUUUAAGCCCUCUGGCAUUGCUGUAUAUUGCGAGAUCAAUGAAAACAAGGACUGGAUCGUAAUUCAGCGUCGAAAAUAUGGAACGGUUGAUUUUGAAAGGUCUUGGGACGAAUACAAGGCGGGAUUUGGUGAUAUGAAUGGUGACUUCUGGCUUGGUAACGAGUAUUUAUACCAACUGACUAAAUUUCAAUCGCGUCAGUUGCGAAUAGACAUGGAGACAUUUGAAGGGAAGGAGGUCUAUGCGAUGUAUAACGAGUUUGGUGUUUCGUCAGAGGCUGGAAAAUAUACCUUGAAGGUUGGCGGAUACAGUGGAGAUGCUGGUGAAAAGUUAGUGUAUCACAAUGGACAGAAGUUUUCGACGUUCGAUGCAGACAAUGAUGAUUCUGACUGUUGUGCUUGCAUUGGGGGUAGUGGUUGGUGGUAUAAAAGCUGUAAUAGUUGUCAGCUGAACGGAAAAUACCACUACAAGCAUGAUAGUAUAUCUUCAAAUUACAUAUACUGGAGCGGUUUGUCGGGCAGUCUGAAAUACGUAGAAAUGACAAUUCACUGAAUCGUGGUACUCAUGUUGUGCUUUUUUUCAUUGUGUAAAUAUGUGUUUGAACGCCUUUCAUUCAUCAACCACAACUGCUGUAGAUGUUUUGCAAAUAUGUGUGUAGCAUGCCUUUUGUUUUUGUACUUACGAGCUAGAUAACAUGUUUAAGGAUAAAGAUAUCCCAAUAACCCAAAUAACGGCACAAUCAAAGACGUUUUCAAAGACAUUUGUUAAUUUUCUGUUAUCAGUUGGAUGUAAAAUCAUACAACAAGAAUUCUCUCAUAUCAAUUAUUUAAAUGGGUGCGUUUUGGACAAAAAUAGGAGAGUAUCGAUUGGCAUAGCAUCAGUUGGUAUGUCCUUUUAAACGUUUGAAUAAACUGGACACUUAUGGAAAUGUGAAUACAUUUAAUGGAUUACAUGUGCAGUAACGUACUGUUUAGGAAUAUAUCUUUUUAUAACUGUAUCACACUAUGUUUAAUAGUGAAAAUUGUCUUAAUAUCUACGUACGAUUCGUAUUAUAAUAUUGUGAAUUGCAUAUCUUAUUUCAUGCUCAUACCGUCACAAUGGAAUGUUUGUUAUG